AUUACUUUCUCCACUAAAUCAAAAUGGCUGAAAAAUAAUUUGAUAUCUUGAUUCUAUUUGACACAAUUACAAAUUAAACCCUUUUUAUCGUGUUAUAUUAAUGAUUUUAUGGAAAAUGUUUUCACGAUAUAUAUUUGCAAUUGGUGCCACAGUGGUUGGCGCUGUAACCACAGCAUAUAUCUUUCUGGGUCCGUCAAAAAAACGUCCAAAAGGUAGAUGUAGGGGGCUGGUGAAUAUUGGAAAUUCAUGUUUUCUGAACUCCUUGCUGCAGUCAUGGGCAGCUUGCCCGUCUAUAUAUAAUUGGCUCAGAUGCUCACUUGAAUAUGACUCUAAUCUGACUCAGUGUGGUCAUCUUCUUACAAGCACAAUCUUCAGAAUUUUGCAAGUUCUAAACAAUGAAGUAGAUGAGGCUUCUGAUCCCUACAACCCCAGCAGUGUAUUUAGAGCCUUGCGAGCAAAAAGAUGGGUCAUCUCAUCUGAAGAACAGGACAUGCAUGAAUUGUUUCAUGUACUGACAGAGACACUUGAUGAAGAAGCAUCGUGUUAUCCCAGCGUUAUAUCCUUGUUUGAUAUAUUUCAUUUACAGGAUCCUCGGAAUGCUUAUCAGUCUGAUAAACAUGCGCGGACUAGAAGUCAAGGCCUUUUACCUGUACUGCCUAAUAAACAAAUGGAACAGCCGACCCGAGGUUUACUAGCCAGUCAGCUACAGUGUUUGUCCUGUGGAGCCAGGUCUCCUGUCAAAUAUGAUGUCUUUGACAGCUUGACUCUUUCUUUUCCAAGAAAUUAUUGGGGACCUUUGAGUCUGGACAGUUUACUACACCAGUUUGUCACCCCUGAGGUGGUACAAGAUGUUGAGUGUCAUGGCUGUGCUAAGAUUUCUCAGCAGAAAGUCUUCAGGUCAAAUUUUAGGAAGAGAAUAUCAAUAGGGAAACUUCCCCAAGUUCUGUGUGUACACCUGCCUCGCACACAAUGGCUGGACAAUGGGAUUCCAGUGAAGAGAUUUGACCAUGUGAGUUUCCCUGAAACACUUCACAUGGAUCCAUACCUGUAUUGUAACCAAGGUGACAGUGCUAGCCGUCUGCUUGGUGGUGUGGAUAUCACAAUGCAAAUGUUAAGCCAAUCAGCCAAAGCGGUGACUACACCGACAUCUGCACCGGUCAACCUUUUAAGAACGUUGAACUUUGACCAGCAGUUCACCAGGACAGGUUUAUUUGUUGACCCCCAAGCUUCCCCAGAGAUCCCCAGGGAGUUCAGUGACGUCAACCACAACGCCCCCCCUGAGCUGUACAAAGUCGGGAGCUCAGACUUCUCCUACAAGCUGGCCGCUGUGGUCUGCCACAUCGGAGACAGCCAGCUCGGACAUUUUGUGGCUUACCGCCGCGGCAUCCACGGCGGAGGUCAGCCUCUGAAAGGUGCGGGUGACCUGGGGUCCAAGUGGUGGUACACGUCAGACAGCUCUGUGUCCAGGGUGUCCCAGCAACAGGUUCUAUCUUCUGAGGCUUAUAUGCUGUUUUACGAGCGCAUUUGAAUCUAUGUCAAUCCAGAUAUCUACGUGUAAACUCUAAGUCAUACGUUUAUAGAGUAUUAUAUUAACACUGGCUGCCGCACAUUGCUUGUUAUAAUAUGUUCUUUUUUGUCUAUAUCGUUAACAUGAAUCCUACCUUGCAUAAAAUACUGAUCUGUUUGAGUAGAUAUUAUUUUUUGUUUGCAAUAAAAACUUGUGUCUAUUUGUUGUGGUAAUUAUUGGAUCACACAUGCCAGAAAUAGAGUCUUUGCUUUUUUUUAAAUUUAUACAUUUCUUGUCAUCUAUGGAAAUCCCAGUGUACUGUCUGUUAUUGAAUAAUUAAUCCUUGAUUAUAAGUUAUAUAGUGUACAUUAUAAGUGCUUUAACAUGUCGUACAAAGUGUACAUUUGCUUUAUAGUGCUGAACAGAAUGUAAACCAAAUGCUUUAUAAUUGUGUACUAAAUAUAAAUCAUGAAUGCUUAAUUCUAUAGUACUAAACAUUACACAUCAAUUACUUUAUUUCAUUAAGUAUCCAACUUCAUUUUAAACUUUACAUGGUGUUUUAAUUAACAUCACUAUCCAUGUAGCAUCAAAUCUACUUAAAUAGUUUGUAAUUUUG